UAUCGACUGCGCAAAAGCACGGCCCGUGACGGGCAAGUUAACCAAGCUUUUUUGUACGUAUUUGCCAAUGUGCUGUUGCGAGUUGGUCACGUUCGUCACGAUAGUAGGUGUUUCCCCGGUACCAAGCAAUGCUACCAUUCAGCAAGUUUGUAUGUGGACUUACCCUACUGGCAAUCGGCGUGGAUUGCCAAAUAAUAAGUGUUCCUCUGAUCAGAGAAAAGUCGCCACGACACCUAAUGCUCGAAUAUGAUACUGACAUGGAUCAGCUCAUGGCGUUAAAAAAGCCGAAGCCAAAACCAAGAACCAACGAUUCAAUUGCGCUGUUCAAGUAUAUUGAUAGUGAGUUUUAUGGAGAGAUCAGCAUAGGGCAUCCUGCUCAGAAAUUUUAUGUCACAUUUGAUACAGCCUGGUCCAACACUUGGAUACCUUCUAAGAAAUGUUCCUUUUUCAAUGUUCCCUGCCAACUCCACCAUAAAUAUAAUUCAAAGAAAUCAACAACAUAUAUACAAAAUGGAACAGUGUUCAAUAUAUCUCUCGGCAAUGAUCAGUUGCUAGGUUACCUUUCAACUGAUAUAUUUCAUGUUGCCCACCUCAGCUUAAACCAAACAUUUGCUGAGAUUGUGAAUGUUCCAUAUUUGUAUCUCCUGUCAAAGGCAGAUGGUGUAGUUGGGUUUGCAUACAGCUCAUUCUCUGUUGAUGGUGUUGUCCCUGUCUUUUAUAAUAUACUGAAGAAUAGACUUGUAGCAAAGCCCAUUUUCUCUUUCUACAUAAAUAGAGACAUUACAUCUUCAAGAGGUGGUAAUUUAUUUCUUGGUGGUUCUGAUCCAAAGCACUACAAUGGAAGCUUCACCUAUGUACCUGUUACACGGAAAUCCUACUGGCAGUUUCAUAUGGAUAGAGUGGAUUUGGUUGUGUCAGUUCAUAAAGCAGUUUCAUUCUGUAAAAAGGGAUGUGAAGUCAUUAUGGACACUGGCACAUCGAUAAUUUCUGGACCACGUAAAGAUAUAGAAAAAAUCAACGAAUUAAUCAUGGCAGACACUACCAUCUUUGGUCGAUAUAAGGUACCUUGUAAUUUGGUACAUAAGCUACCAGAAAUCAACUUUGUUAUCUCUGGGAAGAACUUCACUAUGAAAGGGAGGGACUACGUGCAACAGAUGACACAUUUUGGUAUUACUGUAUGCCUGUCAUCAUUUGUUGCUUACGAUGGUUCGUACGGUUAUCAGUGGUCUCUUGGUGCUGGUUUUAUUUCCAGCUAUUACACUGAAUUUGACAUGGGUAAGAACCGUAUUGGGUUUGCAGUAGCCAAUGAGUGAUUGCAACAUUACCAGCAUUAUUUUCAACAGCCUAAAUUGUUGUUACCACUUUCUAUUAAAUGGAAUCAAUAAAACUGUUUAUAUACCUAAGA